AUCGCCCGCAGUUUCAGUCGAUCAUGAAUUUAUCCAUUCGUUUUGCCUCUCCUUAAAAUUUCUCCAACACUCACACACCUCAAGUGACCACCAUAAUGAGUGCAUCCUCAUCCAAUCCCGCCAGCGAUGAUCCCGUCGCUUCCACGCUUCCUCGCACCCAGACAAACCAUUCGUCCGCUCCUCCUCCCCGCAGCGCCGCCGCCGCCGCCGUCGCCGACGACAACGAGGACAGCGACGACUAUACCUCCUCCUCCGGCCCUAGCGACAGCGAAGAGAGUGAAGAAGAGGACGAUGAUGAUGCUGAGAUUGCAACCGAGGAGUCCAGUACAAUGCGCCACUCCACGCACCCCGCGCGCAACCCGCCCACCAUGACUUCUGCGGACGCCGACAUCCCCCGCAUUCCUGCCAUCCCGAAACCCAACAUCCGGCGCGUGCAGCAGAGUCCCGAUCUUCUUUCCCGGUUAUCGGCUUUCCUUCCGCAGAUGAAGACCGCCAACGAGCAGCUCGAGCGCGAGAUUGCCGCAGGCCGGGCCAAGGAUAUUCGGUUGGACGAUGUGAUGGAUGUUGGGGAGGAGGAUGAGGAAGAGGGUCAGGAGGGAGAUGGGAAACAAUAUAUUGAAAUGAACCUUGGACUCGGCGUGCUGGAAGAGAAACGUCCCGAUGGCGAAAUCGCCAGUCCCGAGUAUAAUGACAGCGAGGAGACGGUGCUGGCUCAACGGCCUAAGGACUCAGGAGUCUUGGAUACUUUGAUGGGUAAUAUGGACGCUGCGGCGGCAGCGUCGAAGCCCACGAUAGAGGAGCUGGAAAAGUAAACUGAAUUUUUUUGUUCUUUUUCUUACGUCGCCGAUUAUCAGGGGGCAAAAAGUAUUGGGCAAAGGGUGUCUUUGAUUUGCAUGGCAGAGGGCGUUUGGGAUUAGGCUCUUAUUUUGACAUGCUGUGGGCUCCCAGUGGCUUGGGCGUCGAGGUCUGCUCCGCUUGGUCAGUAUUGUUUAUUAUCGCACAGCUGAAUGCAUGAUUCCGUGUCUACCUGCAACUAGUCACGGAUGCAGACAUUUUUGGGCCGAACUAU